CUCCUUAAUGAUACUUAACAUUUUAAAAGGUUUGGUUGUCAUUGUUCACGAAUAGAACCGAAUAACAUUAGACUAUUGUCAAAGUAAAUAUUAGUUGAAACUGGUGUCAUAACAACUUAUAUUUGUAAAUUUAAUGAGCGUUUAUCAAUCAUAUGUUAGUUCUGAAUGCACAUUUCACUGACGACUUCUUUGUUAUUUUAGGUUUCAAGUUUGGUGCCGACUCCAUAACAGGGAACAAGCAGACACUAACAUGGCAUCGAAUUUUGGAGGCGUUUAAGUUCGGGUAUGCUUAUCGUCCGUUCAUUGGUGAUCCAGAAUUUUAUCCUAAUGUUGGAAAAUCACAGGAUGUUCAAAUAAAUACAACAUAUGCUGAAGAUUUGCGUACAAAGAUAUGGAACAAUGAAACACACGAUAGUUUUUACUAUGAACGGUUUUACUCCACCAGAAAAGACUCUGGGACUACACAUGUAUCAGUAAUUUUGUCAACUGGAGAUGCUGUGUCUGUCACUAGCACAGUUGGUUAUUUCUAUACAACAGGGAUAGUCUACAACAAUCACAUGAGUUCAUUUUCGUUACCAAACACAUCAAAAAAUUAUCAACCAAAAGCGUCGAAAGCCAAGUUUAUUCAGCCUGGGAAACGCUCUGUAUCAACAGCUUGUCCAACUAUAGUUGUUGAUUCAAAAGGUGACGUGAAAAUGGUUCUUGGUGGUUCGGGUGGAUUGAGAAUAAUAACUGGUGUGGCUGUAGUUUUGUUAAAUAAGCUUUGGUUUGGUUUGAGACUUGAGGAGUCCAUCGAAAGAGGUCGCUUGCAUCAUCAACUGUUUCCUAAUACAGUUUACAAUGAGAAAAAUUAUAUUCAUGACAAUAUUCUAGAGUCUGUUUUCAUUGCCUUGAAGGAUCUGGGACACAAAAUGAAAGGAUCACGAUGAUUCUCUCACGAUGAUAUCAAACAUGCUUUGGAAAAGAGCUGAAUACGCCGAUAUGUAUUGCUCCACAUGAAGUCUAAAUUUCAUAAAUCAAUUGGUUUACAGUAUGCUAUGACUGUGGUGACAAAUCCAAAUGAUAUUGUAUUUAUGUGUGAUUUACACUUGUCCAUGCCUGUCAUUAUUGUUGAUCAUAUAUGUAAGGUGAAAUUAGUUAUAUUAAACGAACGUUAGGUAAAAUAAUAAUGAAUUAAAAAUUAAAGUACCAAAGUUAUAAUUUUGAUUGUAGCUUAUGGAAUUCUUAGCAAGUAGAAAUGCUCACCUGCUAUGCAUGCUGCAAUAUAUAUCGUAUUGAAGAAUUAAAGAGUGUUUACUGACUUACUGUAUUUGAACAGGCUUAUGGAAACCUUUUACGAGAACUUGAGAGCAGAUCAGUUCAAAACUGAGGCCGAAUGUCGACCAGGUGCAAGUUCUUCAAAAGGUCUCCUUCGUUUGCAAACACAGUAAACAUGGUUUAUUUUUUAAGUGAAGAAAGGAAGAACAGUAACAGUCAUUAGUUCACAUAAAGUUUAAAGAGUUUUUGACUAGUGUCAAAACCUAUAUCAUUCACAGUUGAAUAAAAAUUAGAUAAUACAA